CCCGAGUCCUGGAAGCGGAGCUCCGCGCUGGGACUGGUUCCUUCGCAGCCAUUUUCUGUCCAACCAAACAGCCGAUUGGAGACGGGAGCCAACCAGGGCUGCAUUGGAGAUCGAAAUUGGGCAAAGAUUAGACACCUUUUUAGACAGGUGUUCUUAAACGCUACUGACAACACGAAUCUGACAGUAUUUCAUGACAAUGGAUGGUGACAGUACUACAACAGAUGCUUCUCAGCUAGGAAUUUCGGCAGACUAUAUUGGAGGAAGUCAUUACGUUAUACAGCCUCAUGAUGAUACUGAGGACAGCAUGAAUGAUCAUGAAGACACAAAUGGUUCAAAAGAAAGUUUCAGAGAACAAGACAUAUAUCUUCCAAUUGCAAAUGUGGCGAGAAUAAUGAAAAAUGCCAUACCUCAGACGGGAAAGAUUGCAAAAGAUGCCAAAGAAUGUGUUCAAGAAUGUGUGAGUGAGUUCAUCAGCUUUAUAACAUCUGAAGCGAGUGAAAGAUGCCAUCAGGAGAAACGGAAGACAAUCAAUGGAGAAGAUAUUCUCUUUGCCAUGUCUACCUUAGGCUUUGACAGUUACGUAGAACCUCUAAAGUUAUACCUUCAGAAAUUCAGAGAGGCUAUGAAGGGAGAGAAAGGAAUUGGUGGAACAGUCACAGCUACAGAUGGACUAAGUGAAGAGCUAACAGAAGAGGCAUUUACUAACCAGUUACCAGCUGGCUUAAUAACUGCAGAUGGGCAACAACAGAAUGUUAUGGUUUACACAACGUCAUAUCAACAGAUUUCUGGUGUUCAACAAAUUCAGUUUUCAUGAUCUGAAGAAAUGAUGGAAUGGGGAGUGUAGGGAAAUGCAAGAAUCUGUACGAUUCCGGAACAGAGACGUUAGAAGGAAAUGACUGGUGAAGGAUGUCUCUUUGUAUAUUAAAUAGCUGUAAUGUAGCUUCCCGAUGCUUGACUAAUUGAGGUGUUAAUUCUGACUUGAGAAUCUUUUUCAUGAAUGAUUUUAAAGAAAAAUUUGGAUUUUAAAGGUAUUAAAAUAUUUUUGUUUUGUACAAGAGUUUGUUGCUCUGUAUGACUCCUGUAUGCAUUGUAUAUUGCAAUUUAUUACUGUCAGAGAUUUGUAGACAGUUUCUUAUUUUCAUAUUGAAUCAUGUUACUUUUGUAAUUCAAGUAAGCAGCUGGGUUAAUUCAUGAUGUUUGCCCUUUUAAUAAAAUAUAAGGGUAGAGUUCA